AUCAAAGUGAAAGUUACGGUAUGGCUUUGGCAAAGCACGAAGAACGUUUUGGGGGAAAAGAUAAAGUAAAAAAAUGGAGGGAUGCACUCACUAAAGUUGCAAAUAUGUCAGGAUGGGAUUUGCAAGGCCUUGCCGCUAUGAAUCAAAGUUCAUUGAUGAAAUCGUUCAAGACGUCCUACCGGUAGUAAGUUGGAUGCCAAUGUUUGUUGCCAAGCAUGUAGUUGGACUUGAAUCUCGAGUUGAUCAUGUGCUCCAAAUCAAUUAUGGAACACAUGACAAUGAUGUUCACAUGAUUGGGAUAUAUGGUAUGGGGGGCAUUGGAAAGAGUACUCUUGCCAAAGCUCUUUAUAACAAAUUAUUUGGAUACUUUGAAAGGAGCUAUUUUCUUGAGAUAAGUUCAGAAAUUUUAGAGACAAAAAAGUUACAAGAAGAACUUCUUAGUAAGCUUCUUAAAAAGAAGAUUGAAGUUGGCAGUGAAGGUGAAGGAAAAAUGUUGAUCAAGCAUUGGCUUCAAGCAAAAAAAUGUCUCAUUGUUCUCGAUAAUUUGGAACAUAGAAACCAAUUUGAUGCAUUAUGUGGGGAACGAGAUUGGUUUGGUAAAGGGAGCAUGCUUAUUUUAACAACUAGAGAUGCACAUGUGUUGAAAGAAUUGAAUGAGUGUGAAUGUUAUGAAGCUAAGGCAUUGGUUCAUGAGGAGUCUUUGCAGCUCUUUACCCUACAUGCAUUUAGGGAGCCAACAUUACCAAAAGAAGAUUAUGCUGAGGUUUUAGAUGGCAUAGUGGCUUAUUGCGAGGGGCUUCCAUUAGCUCUUGAAGUGAUAGGGAGUUUUUUGUCGGACAAAUCUAAGGAGGAAUGGAUUAGUGCGUUUGAAAAAUUGAGAAAAAUUCCUCAUAAUGAUGUUCAAGCUAAACUUAAAAUUAGUUAUGAAGGACUUCCAGAUGACCAUACCAAAUCUCUUUUUCUUGAUCUUGUUUGUUUCUCCCGUUGGAUUUCUAAUGAGACUAUUAAUGCCAUGGGAUAUUUUUCAGUCAUUGAGAUUCGAAACUUAGUUGACAAAUGCUUGAUAAAGUACUCUCGGCCCUUCUGCUGGAUGCAUAGCUUAAUUAGAGAGAUGGGAAGAGAAAUUAUUUAUUCAGAGUCUCCCAACAAACCAGGUGAACGCAGUCGAUUGUGGUGCCCUAGUAAUAUUCAUGAUGUUCUUAUAGAACAAAAGGGUACGGAAAAGAUUGAAAUGAUUGUAUUAAACUCUCCAAUGAAAAACAUGGAGUAUAUAUACAAUACAAAAGCAUUUAAAGACAUGAAGAAUUUAAAAUUUGAUGGGAUCAACUUAGAAGGGAACUUUAAACAUCUACCACGCAAGGCACUUAGAUGCUUGCAAUGGUAUCACUGUCCUUUGAAAUAUAUUUCAAUCAAUUGUGUUUUUGAGAAGCUCGUGAAGUUGGUAAUGUGGGAGAGCAACAUUAAAGAAUUUGGAGCCCCACUAAAGUAUUUUCAAUGUCUCGAGUCUUUGGAUCUUGGAUGGUGUAAACAUCUCACAAGGACUCCGGACUUGAGCGGUGCUAAAAAUCUUCGGAAGCUAUCAUUUUGUGGAUGCUCAAGUUUGGAAAAGGUGCACUCUUCCAUUGGAGACCUGAGAAUGCUAGUUGAAUUAAAUUUGGGGGGAUGUACAAGGCUGAAGAAAAUUCCAAAGAAGUUUUGGCAUUGGCAGUUGAGAUCAGUAGAAGAUCCAUCUUCAUCAAAAAUAAAAGAAUUUGGUGAAAAUUCGGGGAUGUUAACCUCAUUACGAAGGUUGGAUCUAAGAGAAACAAAUAUUCAGAGCCUGCCCUCCAACACCUCUUAUUUGUUAAAGCCUCCUAAAUCAAUCUCAAAUUUGAGGAGGAGCUUCUCCCACAAUGACUACCUCAAACUAGUCCCACAAUUUCCUCCUAAUCUUGAGGAUAUUAUUUUAGAGGACUGCCAAAACCUGGAAGUAGUCUCAGCAACACUUCCUACUUGCCUUAAGGAGAUUAUUUUAAAUGGCUGCACAAACCUAAAAAUGUUGCCUAAACUUUUUCACACUCUUGUGAAUAAUAUUUAUUUAGAUCACUCCAAAAACCUGGAAGUAGUCUCAGCAACAACGCUUCCUACUUGCCUUGAGUCGAUUUCUUUAUUUGGCUGCACAAACCUAAAAAUGCUGCCUGAACUUCCACACACUCUUGCAUAUAUUUGGUUAAAAGACUGCAAAAACCUAAAGAUGCUCCCACAACUUCCUCAAAAUCUCCUAUCCCUUUAUGCUAUCAAUUGUGAGUUGCUGGAAACAGUACACUUACCAAAGAUGUUGACAUAUGUGAAUCUCACUCAUUGCAAAAAAUUAAAGGAGAUUCAAGGCUGGGAGAAUGCUCAUUUUUUAAUGGAAAUCAAAUUAAGAGGUGUUCCCUGUAUCAAGUUUUCAGAAAACAUAAAUCAGGUUUUAAAAGUUUCCAAGUGGAAUUGCAAUAUUGAAUUUGAAGGAAAUCUUCCAAAUAAUGAAACUUUGAGUUGGAUUAAGUUUGAGGAAAAUGGGUCAUCUUUCCAAUGGCCGCCAUUAAUAUCUAAUUUGGAAUUUCUUGGAAUUUGCAUUUGGGUGCUGAGCAAACUAUGUUGUGAAUCUUUGUGUGUUAUAUUACAGCGCAAUUGAAAAUGAUGGCUUCGGAGUCUUCUAUCGCAGUACUCGUCUGAUCAUAUUAUCUGGAUACGAAUUAUUAGAAGAAGGGGGAAAUGAUCUUUCACUUGUAGAUUUCAUUCCAGGCCAUUUCUUUAAAGAUAUAAAAACUGGAGAAAUCUUUAAAGUUAUUUCCAAAUUUGAAGAUGCUAAAAAAGGUAUGAUCAAGAAAAUAAGAGUUGAAGCGUUGUUUAGAGAUAGAGAAGAUGGCUUCCUACAAUUUUUACCUCUUACUAAACUUGACUCCAACACACAAGAAGAAAAAGAAGAAGAGGACUUUUGAAGCCCGCCCCAAAA